ACUUCCGCAUUUCGGUCGCAAAACCUGAUUUAACAGAGAACAAAAUGGCGGCGAAGGUUAAACUUGCAGUGAAAAAUGUUUAGAUUUAAAUUUUGGAAAAGAGACGUUAUUUAAGAAUUAAUAAUGGAAGUUUCUGGCAAGCGACAAAAUAAAUUGACACAUUCGAUAUCACAUGGGUCUGCUGAAGAUUUUGUAUUAUUCUGUAUCCCAUGUGAUAGAGAUGGUGAACGGGUUCCAGCUAAGGGGUUUUGUACCACUUGCAAUGAACAUCUUUGUAAAACCUGUUACAAGCAUCAUAGGAAACCAGCACCUUUACGCAAUCAUGUUCUGCUUGAUGAAAACUCCAUGCCAACAACACCUACCGUUCCAUUAUCUCAAGACAACUUCGAAAGCUGUGAUGAUCAUCAAGACGAAAAACAGAAAUAUUACUGUAGAGAUCACGACACCGUAGUUUGCAGUGUUUGUGUAACGUUAGAUCAUAGGACCUGUAAGGUGGAAUACAUACCUAAACUUUCAAAGCAUAUUCUAGACAGUGAGGAACUCAAUGAGUUAAUGGCGGAAAUGAAAUCACUUGAGGAAGUUUGUGAAUUAGGUAUAAAGAGAGCAAAAGAUGAGAUAAAAGCCAUUUCUGAAAAUCAUGAUAAGAUUAUAAAGGCAAUCCAUCAAUUCAGAAAGGAAAUUAAUACACGUCUGGACGAUAUGGAAAAGAUUGUUGUCAAGGACGCGGAGAGAAUCUCUAAUAAAAAACAAAUGAUUUUGAAGAGUUUGUCAACAGAUAUAGAAGACAUAAAAGACGAAACGGUAAAGAAACAAGUCUGCUUAGAUAACCUGAUACAAAAGAACUGUCUCGACAAACUGUAUGUUGAAAUGAAAGUAGCCAAGAAACGACUUUUAGAAAUGAAGAUGAAGGCAAAACAACAUAGUCGAAAAAACAAAGAUGAAACAGUAAGCUUUGUCAAACAUCAGGCAAUUAUUGAUGUGUUAGAAAAAAAUAAGCAGUUAGGGGAAAUUGUAUCUGUUAAAUCAUCCGAUCGUGAAAAUGUUGCAAUAAUGAAAGCUACAUCAAUACCGCCAGAUGAUCAGACUCUAAAUCUUGAAGUUGUCGAGGAUAUAAAUAUUAAAUCAGCAUCGGAUAAAACUAAUUGUGACAUAACCGGGAUAGAGGUUAUUCAGCCGGAUAAGAUCGUGGUUUGUGAUUAUAAGAACAGGAAAGUAAAAUAUUAUGAUACAGAACAGAAGAAAACUGUUUCGGAGAUGAAACUAAAUAAUUCACCGCAUGAUGUUGCAGCUAUUACAGAUGAUAGAUUUGUCGUGACUGUACCUGACGAUAGAAGCGUCCAUUUCAUGUCACUAAAGAAACAACACAUAGUUUCUGAUCGUAAGGUGAAUAUCAAUGAGGAUUGUCGUGGUAUUGCUUACAGCAAUGAUAAGCUUGUUGUGUCAUGUAUUUAUCCAGGAAAAGUUUUAGUUCUUGACCUUCAAGGUAAAAUAUUGCAAAGUUUUAGUGGAGAUAAUAGUCUGGUCUACUGUCCUCUUUAUGUCACCGUGAAUACAGCUGGAACGUCUAUAUAUGUUAGUGACAGUGGUCAUUCUGUGAAUGCUGUAAAACAACUAGACUGGCAGGGGAACGUUAUAAAUACCUAUCAACCAGCAGAGGGAGGAGGAAAUCGACGAGGUAUCUGUGAAUUAGAUGAUGGCACAUUUCUUGUUUGUUUGAAUCAAAAUAGUGACGAAAAUUUACGUAGAAUAUCAGACAGCUGUCAGUCGUGUAAAAUAACGAUAAAUGAGAAGCUUGGUAGAUGGUACCCGGAAGCUACUGCAUACUGUGUGAACACUAGAAAACUUUAUGUGUCUUAUUCGGAAACAAAUGAACUUCUCGCUUCAUGUAGUUGUAUAAAAGUAUUUAAGUUGGAAUGAUGAUACGUAAAAAAAGAAGAAAUGAUGUGAUUAAUUAUCACAAUUCAAUUUAAAAUGCACACAAAAUUUUCAAUGAAAACUAACAUAUGUGCUAUCUGUAUACAAAGAAAAGUCUAUUCAGUGAUGCACGUAUUCGUUUGUAUUGUAUUAAUUAUUUUAUCUUGAACCAAUAAUCAUUCAUAUUUUUUAUUAUUCUUAUUUUAGAUUUUUAUAUUUGUUUAUGUACCUUCAUAUUAAUUUAGAAUAUCAAUAUCUGUUUCUCCCUGUAAAAUAAUAGUCCUCAUAUUUCCAGAUUUAACUAUUACUAGAAAUGCAAGUAAAUAAAAAAAUUAAGCAUGUUAAUCAGUUCAAGUUUUAGUUAAUUAUCAGUCAGCAAAAUUUUUGACUUUAGUCAUAUACAAGUGUAUACAACUGAUUGCAAAUACAAUCAAAUACAUGAACGUAAACACAUAUACAGAUAAUACAGCACUACAUACAAAAAAACUAUAAGAUCAGACGGCAAGCAUAUGAAUUUUCCGUUAUAUAUACUAGUAUAACAUUAGAACACUAUAUUUGAUUCAUUAUAUAAUGACUGCAUUAUUGUUUCUCAUCAAUCCGAGAAAAUGUCGGAGGCAGACGAUAAUUUCAAAUUGUUUUAAUUGAACAUUCUGUACAAGGGUCCGAUUAUCAACCCGGGAGGAUAUCUGGAUUGACCACAGCUGAAAACAACGUUUUUGCUUUAGUGGUGUAUUAUGGAGUAAACCUCACUAUGUGUGUUUAUCACAGACUGCCGUUUUUCCGUGGUAAACAUCCGCUUAUAUAACAAUUUUGUUUGAUACUGACUUAAGAAAUAAUAUAUCCCAAACAGUGAUUUUAUCGCUCAAUAACAUCACUGUUUGGAAUUCGGAUGCGGGGAAUUAUAUCAGCAUUAUGUAGAUUGAGAGUAUCCUCACAUCGAUUAAAUAUAGAAUGUGGCCGAUGGAAUAGAACUGUAAGAGAAAAUAGACUUUGCAUAUCAUGUAAUAAAUUAGAAGACGAAUUUCAUUCCUUUUUGAGUGUAACAUGUAUGACACAAUUAGAGAUAAAUAUAUCAAUAGAUACUACAUAGUUCGACCAAGCCUGUUUAAAACGAUAGAAUUGUUUUCAUCAGAAAAUGUAAAAGUAAUAAGAAAUUUAUCUGUAUAUGUAUAUAAAGCAUUUGAAAUAAGAAGAUGUAGAUAUAAUAUUUAGAUAGUAUAGUGUUACAUUCUUUAAUAAUUUUAUUGAUUGCGCAUGGUUGUACUGCGACAUAUACAAAGGAAAUAUAUAUAUUCAUAUUUUCAAUCCAACAUGCUGAUAGAAAGAUAGCUAACAAGUAUGUGUUAAAUUUCAUGAAUAGUAUAGCAUUUAUUUGUUGAUUUUUAUCAUGGCUUUAAUUAAAUUUUUGGUUGCAUAUAUGACCUCUAAUGGCGUUUAAAUAUUUAUCUUAAAAGUUAAAUGAAAAAUACGCAGCACUGCCAUGUAUUUGUAAAUAGAAAAUAGUAAUAAGUAAUAGUAAUAAUGUUUUGGAUGUAAAAUAUCAUGUGUGGUACACAAAUGUAUUUAUUGUAUGUAAAUACGUACGUAUGUACGCACGCGGCACGUGCGUACGUAAGUACGUACUGAUAUGUUAGAGAAUAGUUUAUACAAAUAAUACCAAAAAUAAGAAGAUGCAAAAUAAUGUUUCAUACUUUAUAUUUUAUAUCAAUCUUGAUAAACAUUUAAGAUUCAAUUAUGAACAAAAACAAAUAUUUUAAAAUAGUCACAUUUUAAGAAAAAGUUUCAGACACAUUCUUUUGUAUUAGAUAUUUUGAAAUGUAAGGGAAGUAAUUACGAAUCAAAAGCAUUUAAAUCUUGUAAGAGUAGUGUAUCCUGUUUCCUGCAUCUUACUAUUUUCACAUAUAUUUUUGUUUACUUUACUGUCAGAUUUAUUGUUGACUAAUGCCAAUAUAAAUAUAAAAAUGUAUAUAGAAUCUACCAAAAUAUGACUAUGAGCUAUAAUGGCUUUGUCAAUUGUGUAUUGUGAGAUUUAUGAAAGAAUAAAGCUUCUUCUUCUUCUUCUUCUUCUUCUUCUAUCAAGAGGGCGUAGCCGGAGUGAUAUAACGCUGCGCAUCCGAACGACAAACAGUGAUGUUAUCAAGCGAUACAAUCACCGAUUUGGAUAUAUUAUUUCGAUUCUAACACGACAUCAACAAUUAAAUGCUGCGGUACUUAAUAUUAGGUUUAAUUGCACCUGGUUUGUUUCCGUACUGAAUUUCAGCGCGUCUGAUUUUUAGUGGUUACGUUACAUAUCUAAAUAUAGAACGUAAAAAGGUGACUUUAUUGCAUAUUCAAACACGACCCGCAUUCUUCACUAUAGAAUAUAUAAGAAUCGAAAGUGUGUGCUAUUAUGCAAUAGAGUCACAGUUGACGUUCUAUAUUUAGAUAUGUGACGUAUUCAUUAUACAUGUGACGUAAACACCAAAAGGAUCCGACGGGCUUAAAAUAAGUACGGAAACAAAUCAGGCGCAAUUUUUGCUUAAUAUCAGGUACGACAGCAUUUAUUUGUUGAUUUUGUUGACACUGGCUGGUUCGACAUCAGGGGAUGUUUCUGCUAAAAAAUGGCGAGACCGGUACGUUAGGCCGAGACAAUUUUUUGCAGAAACAUCCCGAGAUGUCGCCCAGCAAGUGUGAAUAAUAAUUUUGUUAAUUGACCUUACUGAUCGAAUGCUUGUAUCUUUCUAAGAAGGAUAAAAUAUUUUGUUUUUAAAAGUG